AAAUUAUACUUUAUUGAUAAUAUGAUUGUAUUUAAUGAAAGAAAAUUUUAAAAAAGUUUUUCAUUAAUCAUAUUAAAUUAUUAUAUAAUUUAAAAUAAUGGACAAUUUGUCUGAUUCAUUUAAAGCAGAAUUAGAUUCUGCUACAUCAACAGAUUCUCUGCAAUUAAUAAGUGAUGAAUUUCAUAUUAGACAUUUAUCAACACCAGAUGUUUCAAAUAUAGAAUUGUCAAAACGUAUUGCAUUACUAGAAUUAGAAAAUGAACGAUUUCGAAUAGAUUUAGAAAAUAUGCGCAUUGAACUCAAUGCCAGAAUUGCAGCUAAUGAAGGGCUUAAAGGAAAAAUAACAGAAUUGUAUGUAGAAAUGCAAUUAGUAAUUCAAGAAAAACAAAAAUUACAAAAUACUUUAACAGAUGUAAAUAAUCAUUUAGAUUCAUCAGAAACAUCUGUAAAAUGGUAUCAGUCUCAAAUAUAUGGGUUACAAGCAAACAAGAAGACUUUACAAUUAGAAAUUGAUACUUAUCAAGGAAUUUUACAACAGAGACAACAAACUAUAGCAAAUAUAAAUACUAGAUAUAAGCAAUUGAAUACAGAUUAUAUUGAACUUCUUCAAAAACAUCAAAAAGAAAAACAAGAUUUGGAAUGUGAAAUACAAAAUUUAAAGACACAAAAUCAAUCAAAUAAUAUUUUAAAAUCAUUAGAUAUUAGUACUACUUCUAGUUCUCCAGAUGUUUCUACAAAGUUAGAAUUAACAGAAGAUGAACUACAAAGUACAAAGGCAGAGUUAAAAGCAUUAGAAAAACGAUUUUUAGGUAAUGAAGUUUCUAAAGCAUUGAUGGAAAAUGCGUUAGCCAAGCAACGUAUAUUAAUUACAACUAUGGAGGAAAAUAUACAAAAAUGUGAAACUGAAAAAAAUCAAACUGUUAAUACAUUGCGUAAAGCACAACUUGAAAUUCAAAAGUUGAAAUCUGAGAAUGAAACAUUGCAGACUACUCUAUUUUCUUCUAAGCAAGAACAAAGUCAAAUAGAAGAUGCAAUCUUCCAAUUGCGAUUACAAUUAACAAAAAUGAUUGCACAAUAUAAGCUUCUAAAAUCAAAAAAUAUAGAAGCAGAGGAAAAAUUAAAUUCAAUGCAAGAUAUAAUAAAUGAAAAUAAGCGUUUAAAAACAUUAUCAUAUGAAGCUAACACUGCUUUAAUUAGAAAACUUAGGCAAGAGAAACGAAAAAUAAAAUUUUUAGAAAAUAAACUUCAUGGUAUUCAAAUCAAGGGACAUUUGAACAAUAUGAAAAAUAAAAUGGAUGUUUCUUUACAAGAAUGCCUAAAACAAGUUUUAAUAAGAAAUAAAGAUUUAAAAGAUCAAUUGAAAGCAUUAACAAAAAAUUCAGAUGAAAGUAUUGAUGAAGGAUAUGGUGAUAACAGUAUUGUUAGUUCCAUUUCUAUAGACAUUCCAUCACCUAAAUCUAUCAAUCCAGUAUUAUUAGAUACAGCAUCUAAUGUUUUGCUGCAAUUUAAAGAUUUUUAUAAGCCAGUACAAACAGAACUUGAACAUUUAAAAUUAAAACUUAAUAAACUGAAAGAACAAUGCACUAUAUAG